UAUAAUUCUAGACUUUGCCAUAGUCAUCUCUUUGUGCAUUCUUAUUAUUAGCACCAUCUCUCAAGAAUCAACAUAUAAAACACUUUAGCUUGCUUCUCUAUUCUGCAACUGUGAAUUUCACAAGCAAGAAAAAUGGGAAGACAACCAUGCUGUGACAAAGUUGGAUUAAAGAAAGGACCAUGGACAGCUGAAGAAGAUAAAAAACUUAUUCAUUUUAUUCUCACCAAUGGCCAAUGUUGCUGGAGAGCUGUUCCUAAACUUGCAGGAUUGCUGAGGUGUGGAAAGAGUUGCAGACUGAGAUGGACUAAUUAUUUGAGGCCAGAUUUGAAGAGAGGUCUUCUAUCAGAAUUUGAAGAGAAAAUGGUGAUUGAUCUUCAUGCUCAACUUGGUAAUAGAUGGUCUAAGAUUGCAUCUCAUUUACCAGGAAGAACAGAUAAUGAAAUCAAGAAUCAUUGGAAUACUCAUAUCAAGAAAAAGCUUAGAAAAAUGGGUAUUGACCCUUUAACUCACAAGCCACUACCCAUUACUGAAACACCACCUCAAGAACAAGAACAAGAACAAAAACAAGAACAGAUUCAACCUGUAACAAGUUCCAAUGAUACCAACUUAGCUGAAAUACAAGAAACUAAAGAAACUGAUCAAAAAUCUCCACUAGAAGUUGAUGAUCAUCAAGAAGACUACACAUUUGAUACAAUGGAUCAGAUGGUGAUGACCAAUGGAUUUUGCAUAGAUGAAGUUCCUUUAAUUGAGCCACAAGAAAUCUUUUCAUCAUCAACAACUUCUACUUCAUCAUCAUCUUCUUCAACUUCAUCAAUGUGUCAAGAUUCAACCAUCAGUAACAGCAAUAUUACUAAUAAUAAUAAUUUGUUUGAAGAGCUGCAAAUUACAGAUUUUGAGUGGCCGAACAAUGAUAUUGACUUGUGGGGUGAUGAGUUGAGCAGUUGUUGGGAUUUGCUAAUGAAUGAUGGUGAUGUUGCUGUUGAUCAUUCUUCUAUCAGUCAGUGCCAAAGAAAUAUUGGGUCUGAUCAUCAAGAUUCUUGGGCUUAUGGAAUCCUGUAAUUACAUUAUUUGUAGCUUGUUUGAUAGUUGCUACGGAGAAGAAGAUAAUAAAUUAUCAACAUUCUGGGAAAACUUUAUCUUUGAUUUAGCCUUUUCUUUUUUGAAAAAAGAUAAAACAUUAAUUUCUUGAUUACUCUUUUGGAGAAAGUAAUAAAAGUCCAAAAAAAAAGGAAGAUAUCUUUUGUAUAUGAAUUAAUAUUUAUUGGGUUGUUUUUGGGUUC